ACUUUCGACAGGCGCACAGGAAAUAGACAAGCAGCGCAGUCAGCGUCAGCUGCUUCUGCUGUUUUUGGGUUUUUCAGCAUUUUCAGUUGGUUUUCCAUUGCGGCGCCGCACGCACGUGUCUCGGCAAACGCUUCGGACAGCUUCGGUCUGCAUCUCAGCUUAUCUCCAGUCUCAUUCGCCUUUUUCUGUGUUGUCAAAAAAAAAAUAAAUAAAUAAAUAAAGGCAGCAGAAAAAAAAAAUAAAUUGAAAUAUCUUUGGAAAAUGCUUCGCCUGCUGCUGACAUCUAGUUGAAGUGUUAUUUCUACCAAAAAAUUAUAAAAAAAUAAAUAAGUAUGAAAAAUGAUAAAUGCAAUUCGCGUCUUGACUUUAAUUGAAAUCGUGUAAACGCUGUCUCAGUUGGAGCUACAAAACAUCCGUCUGAGAGCAUUUUUCUCUGGGUGUUGAACAAUUUGAUUCUCAAGUGGCAAGUGGCAAACCGAAAGAUUUAUAUGGGUGCGGUUGACAAAGUUGCAGACGACUGAUAAAAGACCACGUGACCCAAAUGUGGUUGUAACUAUGCGUUUGUAAGUUGCUGCCGAGAACUAAGCCAGUAAUUUAAGAAGUCGAGCAAAGGCGAAAAGGUGCAAUUAAUGAGCAGGCCGAGUUGGAGCUGCGGCUUGUUGACAGGUCACAGCCAGGAGCGUGACAAUUUGUAGGAGGAGAAGGUCUGCUGGGCAGUCAAGCGACCAGUCAACCAACCAACCAACAAACCAACCAACCAACCAAGCGACCAAACCAAUCGACCAACCAACCAACAUUGACAACAUGGUCACGAACAUGUCGCAGCCACAUUAUUGCGGCGCCAGCGUCGAUGAUUUUCACACAAACUAUAAAUUUAUACAUGGCUAUUUCUCGCUGAUAGUCUGCAUACUGGGAACCAUAGCGAAUACUCUCAAUAUUAUAGUGCUGACCAGAAGAGAGAUGCGUUCUCCAACGAAUGCGAUACUCACGGGUCUGGCAGUCGCGGAUUUGGCCGUGAUGUUGGAGUAUAUACCCUAUACGGUGCACGAUUAUAUACUCAGUGAUCUGCUGCCGCGGGAACAGCAGCUAAGCUACAGUUGGGCCUGCUUUAUAAAGUUCCAUUCGAUCUUUGCUCAAGUGUUGCAUACGAUUUCCAUUUGGUUGACAGUCACAUUGGCUGUGUGGCGCUAUAUAGCCGUCAGUUAUCCGCAAAGGAAUCGCAUCUGGUGUGGCAUGAGAACCACAACGAUAACCAUUGCAAUGGCCUAUGUGGUGUGUGUGUUGGUGGUGUCACCGUGGCUUUAUCUGGUUACGGCCAUAGCCAAAUAUCAGUUGACACUGGAUGGCAAUGGCAAGACAAUUAAAUCGUUGCCAUUAAGUCAAUAUGUGAUUGAUAAUGAGGAGCAAAUCACGCUGCAAGUAAUGUCGAGCACCACACCGCAAAUGUCCUGGACACUGUACAACACCACAGCAGUGAGCAGCACAACAACCACAACCACAGCACCACUGAAUAUUGGACAACGCAAUAUUACAGUGUAUAAAUUAUAUCACAGUGAAUUGGCGCUCAAUGAUCUGCCUUUGAGAAAUGCCACAUUUCUCAUCUACAGUGUGCUCAUUAAAUUGAUACCCUGUUUUGCUUUAACCGUGCUCUCGGUGCGUUUGAUUGGUGCUUUGCUCGAGGCAAAAAAACGCCGUAAAAUACUCGCUUGUCAUGCCGCAAAUGACAUGCAACCGAUUGUGAAUGGCAAAGUCAUUACUCCCAGUCAACCCAAGAGUUCGAAGCUAUUGGAAAAAGAGAAGCAAACGGAUCGCACCACUCGCAUGUUGUUGGCGGUGUUGUUGCUCUUUCUCAUCACAGAGUUUCCACAGGGUAUUAUGGGUCUGCUAAAUGUCCUGCUUGGCGAUGCUUUUCUUAUGGAAUGUUACCUCAAAUUGAGUGACCUAAUGGACAUUCUGGCCCUGAUUAAUUCGAGCAUCAAUUUCAUACUCUACUGUUCGAUGAGUCGCCAGUUUCGCAGCACGUUCACGCUGCUGUUUCGACCGCGUUGGUUGGACAAAUGGUUGCCGCUGUCGCAGCACGAUGGCGAUGCCAGGGAUGGCAUGGGCAGACGAGGGCUGGAUGGCUAUGGAAGGCAGCGUUUGGUGCACACAGAUGCAGUUAGCAAGAGUAUGGCCAUUGAUUUGGGACUGACGACACAAGUGACAAAUGUGUAG